UUUGAAGAGAGAAGAAGACCGUAAGCAUGUCGAAGAAGUGGCUCGUUGUCAUGGGAUACCGAAGUGUAGCUGCUUGUUUGUCCCCGCAUUGUCUGAGGACUAUUUACUGCUUUAAAUGUAACAUGAAUAGUUAACUCGGCCGUUUUAUAGGCAAACAUUCUUGAAGUGGCGAGUGUGAUGCUAGUUUUAACGACACGAUGGCAGAAGUCCGCCAAAGUCUGCUGUUCGCUGACUGGCAUCGACGCAAAGACAGCAAAGAUUAUUUCAGCACAAUACUACAAAAGAAGAAACGAAAGAUUUUUGGUCUUCUGGAGUCUCCUCUGAUGCCUCCACAUGGGUUUGUGGACACGGCGCACUACAAAAUCUUCCUGUCGGGCAAGAGUGGUGUUGGUAAAAGUGCUCUUGCAGCCCGUCUAGCUGGUGUGAAAAUACCCAGCAUGCAUUACGAGACCACAGGUGUUGAAACCACACAGGUUUAUUGGCCAGUGAAGCUGAGAGAAAGCAGCCGGGUUCUUUUCUUUCGCUUCCAGCUGUGGGACUGUGGAGAGAACGCCUUGCGUCGAUUUGAUCAUCUGCUCCCGUCCUGUAAGGAGCAGUUGGACGCCGUCAUGCUCCUGUUCUCCUUCACAGACAGGAUGUCCUUUGACCAGCUGGCUUCUCAAAUCCCCAAGUGGACUCAAGCACCUGAAGGCCGAGUAGUGACUUUGGUGGUUGGAACCAAGUUUGAUCUUUUUAUGCACUGCGACGUGACAGAGAAAGACGUGAGGGACUUCCAGGACACAUGGAAGGUACCACUGCUACGUACAGGCGGUGAGGCCAAUGAUGGGCUGGACGACGUAGCGCCCAUCUUGGACUGUCUGGCGGAGAACUUAUGGCGUCAGGAUUGUGUCACGUCUGUGCCUGCUACAGCUGGGGGACUACAAAUUCCCACAUAGACUUUGUUAAGACUUCAGUCCUACAGCUCCUUUCAGUUUCACAAUUAUUGGACUUUUCCCACAAAAUGACAGGAUUAUGGAUACCAAGAAUCACCGCCCACAACCACAAGAGGGGAAUAUUUCUGAGUCACUAGGAAGUAUUAAUCCAUUUUUAAUCUGUCAUAUUAUUUGUACACAAUGUGUACAAGUACAUUGCUAUCUGAUGAUACAUCACCAGGGUCAAAGGUUGUAUUUUUUUCCCAAAAUAGUGCAAACAAAGUUCAUUUAUAAAAAAUAAAAAAAAUAGAUUUU